UGAUACCCUAAUAACCGCGAGCAUCAUGGGUCGCGUCGACGAUUUUGCCGCCCAUGCAUUUGAUUAUCUGAUUGUCGGCGGAGGGACCGCAGGCUUAGUGUUAGCGGCGCGUCUGAGCGAACGUCCUGACAUCGUGGUCGGGGUAGUCGAAGCUGGUCCCGCAGCGUUGGAUGAGGAAGCGAUCAACAUCCCAGGUCUUUACGGUUCUACGAUUGGAUCUCAGUAUGACUGGCAAUUUGAAACGACGCCUCAGCCUGGACUAGCAGGUCGGAAACUACCUUGGCCUCGCGGCAAAGUACUUGGUGGUACCAGUGCCCUGAACUUUAUGGCUUGGAAUCGUGGGAACCGAGAGGAUUAUGAUGCUUGGAAGGAGUUGGGGAAUCCAGGAUGGGGCUGGGAUGAUCUUUUGCCUUACUUCCAACGCUCUGAGACUUUCCACCCUCCCGAUGUCACUCAUCAAAAGCAGUAUCAUUCCUACUACCAGGAGGAGACACAUGGGAACGCUGGUCCCCUUCACACAACGCAUAUUCAAAACUAUGGUCCAGCUCAUCAAUUCUGGCACGCGACCCUCAACGCGGUCGGCGUGGAUACCAGCCCAGACAGUCUUGCCGGGUCGAAUAGAGGAGCAUGGAACAUGAUUUGCACCGUGGAUCCCAUCAGCCAAACCCGGAGCUACUCGGCAAAUGCCUACUAUCGGCCCAUAGCAGAGCGACCAAAUCUAAUACUGCUUACUGAGGCAAUGGUGACAAAAGUACUAAUCGAGAAGGAUGGCAACGUUGACCAGUGGGUUGCGACUGGCGUCAAUAUCCUCUGCGAUAACGAACAAAGGGAAAUCUAUGCAGCAAGAGAGGUUAUCCUCUCGGCGGGAAGUGUUCAGUCUCCACAACUUUUGGAACUGUCUGGCGUUGGCAAUGCCGAGGUCCUGAAGCCUGCUGGAAUCCCUGUCAAGGUUGAAAAUCCGAAUGUUGGAGAGAACCUUCAGGAGCAUAUGAUGACAGCCACAAUCUUUGAAAUUUCGUCCCAGAUACCCACCAGGGAUGAGGUACUGCAGGACUCAGAACUUCGGGAGGCGGCCAGUCGUGAGUAUGAAGGUUCCAAGUACGGGCCUUGGACGAUACUUCCCUGUUCGAUCGCAUAUUGUUCAUUGUCACAGAUCAUCCCGCAAGAGGAACUGGAAGAUCUCCGAUCGAGAGCGGAGUCAUUAGCCAAACAGACUGGCAAACAACGAGACGAGAUCCUAGCUCGCCAAUUCCGAGAGCAUGCUAAUUUGGGUCAGCUGGAAUACCUCUUCGAUGUCGGGAACUGGAGUCCAUACUUCCCAUCCGAGAAGGGCAAGAAAUAUGGGACGAUGCUUAUGAUGCUGCAAUAUCCCUGGUCCCGAGGGUCAAUCCACCUAUCACCCAAGGACCCUGGCCUCGAUGCGACUGUCCAUGACAAGCCAAUCAUUGACCCACGGUAUUAUCUCGGUCAUGGGGAGAUAGACCUGGAGAUUAUGAAGAUCGGUCAACGUUUAACGGAGCGAAUCUGCGCAACGAAGCCACUUUCAGACAUUAUUUGCUCCCGGGUAUUCCCUCCGAUGCCUGAUUCUGACGCAUCAGACGAGGUGGAAGAAUAUGACGAGUUUGUCCGGAACUAUACCAUCACUGACUGGCACCCAAUCGGAACGUGCGCGAUGGGAGGGUUUGAAGGCGAGAAGUUCGGUGUGGUUGAUGGUCGUCUACGAGUGUACGGUAUAACUAAUCUGCGUGUUGUCGAUGCUAGCAUCAUGCCUCUCCAAAUCAGCGCACACAUUCAGGCGACGGUAUAUGCCAUUGCGGAGAAAGCUGCUGAUAUGAUAAUCGAGGAUAUGGACCCGACGGAGGUGGAUGCAAAGCUAACCCACAAGUAAGUUUACAUAGAUCUUAUCGGGUAAUAUUGGAUUCAAGGCCAGUGCGGUGUACAACAGAGACAGUUUUACUGUUAUUAGUCUCUCCCAUAGGUAGUAUUUAUUCUACCAUGACAUUUAAAUUGUCACACUAAUUACUUUGCUACAAAA